CCUGCCGGCGAGGAUGGUGCUGGACAAGGAGGAAAGCGUGUCCCUCGUGUCCCUCCAGUCCAGGGAGAAGCCGCGAGGCUGCGCCGGCUGCAACGGGAAGAUCCGGGACCGCUUCAUGCUGCAGGCCUUGGACAGGUACUGGCACGAGGACUGUCUGAAGUGCGCCUGCUGCGACUGCCGCCUGGGCAGGGUGGGCUCCACCCUCUACACCCGGGCCAACCUUAUCCUCUGCCGCAGGGACUACCUGAGGCUCUUCGGGGUGACGGGGAACUGUGCAGCCUGCAGUAAGCUGAUCCCGGCCUUUGAGAUGGUGAUGAGAGCCAGAGACAACGUCUACCAUUUAGACUGCUUUGCCUGUCAGCUCUGCCGCCAGAGAUUUUGCGUGGGAGACAAGUUUUUCCUCAAGAACAACAUGAUCCUGUGCCAGCUGGACUAUGAAGGAGGCCAUCUCAAUGGCAGCGCGGAGAGGCAGCCUCAGUAAGAGAUCGUCGCGACAGGACGACUGUGAGCCAGUUGGACCUUCAGUGAAGCUCACAGCUCCAGAGUCCUGCUUCAGAACCAGGGGGGG